AUGGUGAUGUAUGUCUGUUAUGCGUUUCUGUUUCACGUGUUUGUAUCGUGUAGCGCCGUCUACAGGGAGAAUCUGAAUGGAAACUGGACACUGUGGAAUGACAAGAGAGGUUUUUCACUUCAAGCCACGGUGCCUGGCAGUGUAUACACUGCGCUCCUCUCGGCUAAGAUGAUUGAAGACCCUCUGUAUCGAGAUAACGAUGUCAAAUACAAGUGGAUAGGUCGAGAGGACUGGAUAUACUCACGCACUUUCAACUUGACUGCCGCACAGGUUAACAUGAAGUCCAUCCUGUUGGUGUGUGACGGUUUGGACACUGUAUCUAAGAUAACAGUGAAUGACGAGCCUGUGGGGACAUCUGACAACAUGUUUGUGAAGUACACUUAUGACAUCAAACGAUUUGCCAGGACUGGACUCAACUCAAUAACGAUAUUCUUCCGCUCAGCGGUAACGGUGGCUCAGGAACGGGCGGACAACUCCUCCUACGUGAUCCCCCCAGAGUGUCCCCAGGCCGCCCAACACGGAGAGUGUCACGUGAACAUGAUCCGUAAAGAACAGUGCUCUUUCAGCUGGGACUGGGGGCCAUCGUUUCCAACACAGGGAAUCUGGAAGGAUAUCUACGUCCUGGGGUUUAACUCUGCCGUCAUCAAGGAUAUUUCUGCUACAGUCCACAAAGCUGGCCAGACGUGGAGUGUAAACGUCACUGCCUAUUUUGAUGUGAUUUCACAAGGACAGGUCCUUGGUAAUUUGCUUGUCCAGCUGAUGGGGACGAGUGUAAGCAAAUCUCAGCAAAUCACCUUAACAAAAGGUGUCAUGGUUUUCAGCUUUGUUCUACAGAUUCCAUCGAAUAUCGUCAUUAAUGAAUGGUGGCCAAAUGGCUACGGAAAGCAAACCCUAUAUAGCUUGGCAGUCAGCUUUACUAGCAGCCGUGGAGAUGAAGAGUCGCAUCAAACAAUCAGAAUCGGUUUUAGAACGAUAGAGCUUGUACAGCAACCGGUGUCUUCCAAGGAUCCCAAUAAAGGUUUGACAUUUUACUUCAAAAUAAAUGGAGUACCUAUGUUUUUCAAGGGAAGUAACUGGAUUCCUGCUGACAGUUUCCAGGAAACCAUUACCAAAGAGAGGCUACGCCGUCUGCUUACCUCAGCAGCAGAAGUCCACAUUAAUUCCAUGAGAGUCUGGGGUGGAGGGGUUUUUGAGUCUGAAGAUUUUUAUGACUUAACAGACGAACUUGGGAUCAUGAUAUGGCAAGACUUGAUGUUUAGUGAUGCCCUGUAUCCCGUAGGCGAAUCUUUCCUGGAAUCGGUGAAACAAGAAGUCACAUAUCAGGUUCGCCGUUUGAAGCAUCGUCCGUCUGUUGCUGUCUGGGCUGGAAAUAACGAAAACGAAGGCAUUCUUCGGUCCUAUAGCUCCAAACCCAACUACACUCGAUACUACGACGACUACAUCAAACUGUACAUUGACACUGUCAGACCGAUUGUCCUCAGUGAAGACUGCACAAGAGAAUUCCUUUCAUCAAGUCCUAGCGAUGGCGUGGAGACUCAGAGACAAGGAUGGGUGGCCAAGGACCCUGGUGAUGAGCUCUAUGGAGACACUCACUACUACAACUACCUCGGCAAUCUGUACAACGACAGCACGUUUCCUAUUCCACGUUUUACGUCCGAGUUUGGAGUCCAGGCAUGGUGUGAUGCAGAAACUCUGGAAGAUGUUUUUCUAGAGUCUGACUUCGACUACUGGGGGGAUAUGGCGGCACAUCGACAACACCAUCCAUUUGGUCAAAUGGAGAUGUUGUCUGAGGUCAUACAGCACAUGCAGCAACCUGACACACCCGAUACUAAACAGAAGUUCAAGGAUCUCAUUUACCUGACACAGAUCAAUCAAGCCGAGUCGAUUAGGACGGAAGCAGAACAUUACCGCCGCUGGCAAACCGACUUGAUGCCUGAUGGAAGAGGAUUAACAAUGGGCGCCCUCUACUGGCAAUUAAAUGACAUCUGGCAAGCUCCAUCAUGGGCUUCUAUUGAUUACGAAGGGAAGUGGAAAAUGUUACACUAUUACGCGAGGAAAUUCUUUUCUCCGACACUGAUCUCUCCGUACAUUGCCAGUGGUAAUCUGAGUGUGUCUGUGGUUGUUGAUGAAGUCCCGGUUCUCGAGGUUCGAGACUCGGCGACGGGCAAUCUACGAUUUCAACCCGAUUCUUCAUUUGUUCAGAUGCUACACAGUGAGUUCCUGCGAUCAGAGGCAGUCCACCUGAUGUCCAAAGUCGACUCUGUUACCACUGGUCAACUGGUCAUUCAGAUGUAUUCCUGGGACAGUUUCACUGCUUUGAAAACGUGGGAAAUUCCCUUUAAGCUCUACAGAUCUGCUGAGGUGGUGUUCACGAAAAGCAUGGCGGACAUGAUGAAGGAGGCUGGCUGUAUCCGCGAACAGAAAUGCUUCUUCUAUCUGUACAAGGAACACGACAGCCAAUCACCGACCUGGUUACCAAUGUCAUAUAUGAAAGAUGUUCAGGGAUUGGCCAAAGCACAUAUAUCGAUUACCACAGUCACACAGACGUCACCUACUGAGUUUGAAAUAAUACUGUCGUCCAAUCGAAUUGCUCCUUACGUCUGGUUGGAUGCCUACAAAGUGAAAGGCCGAUUCUCCGACAACGGGUUUCUGAUGAUGAAAGCACGGACGUCUGUUAAAUACACAUCAUGGGAACCAGUGGAACUUAUCAAGUUCACACAGUCUUUGAGUGUUAAAUCUUUAUUGGAUGUGUACAAUCAUUUCAGUUAAUUAAUUAAUUGUUCUAUAAAUUAUACAUUAAAAUGAUCACAGAAGCAAAUAUAAUGUAAAAUAUGGUAUAAACAUGUAAAUAUUUGUUUGUAGUCAAUUAAAAACGUCUUUUAAUAAAACAGUGUUUGACUUUACAGUCAAUCAAUCAAUCAAUAAAAUAUUUACAUGCUCCUAUACCACGAAGGUUUCGAGCAUGUCUAUCCCAGGUUCGGCCACCGGAUGCCAGUAGUUCAACCUGGGACAGCACAAUUACUGGG